AUGAUCGACUCUCUGGUGAACGCAUUGGUAUUCUCGAAUAAGCGCGCACAAGCGAAAGUAUCACCUCAGUCUGAACCUAUAAUAAUGACUCUCUACGUUGAUGAUUACCGCUACGAGACUGGAUUGCUGGUUUCCGACAUUGUUCAGUGGUAUCGAGUAGUCGCAGCACUCCGAAUUAUCGGGCAGAGCUACUUCUUCAUUCGCGUUAUCGGGUUGAUCCUCAGUUGCUACUACGCCUACAGUACGCCAACGUCACGCCCAGGACUGUCAGGGUGGUCGCGCUUACGAAAGGCGACAAGCCUGUUCAUGAAUGUCCCAACGCAGUGCGUGGUCUACGGCAGCCCGUUCCCCGUGGCCUGCUACGUUCUCGCUCACGUGUUGGAUGCUCCGUUCACGUACCAAAUAUUGGAGAGUCGGUUCUUCUCGGCCGGUGGGAUUUUCAAUUUCAGUUUCAGGGAGUGCAUUUCCUACGCAAUUGUCCAGAUGCGCAACGUUUGGCUUUACACGUUGGGCUGGCAUCUCAUUGUGAGCGUCUCGACUUCGCGUUGGAUAAUUCGCAAUAAUCGCCAAAAUAAUGGCAUCCUUGGUGUACCAGAGUUCUUUCUAAGUGCAUUUUCAAGCCUGACUUUGAUCGCUCAGUAUCGCUCGACAUCUUUUCGCUCGACGAAAAUUCUGGAAGUGAUGGUGCUCCCCGACAACGUGAGCCCCGCGUGGGAGCUGGCCAAGUAUCGCUACAGCUUCGGGUAUGGUGGGAGAGGUAACACUUUUCUCGGUGGAGUGAUCAUCGACCUGAAGUUUCUCACUUGUCUGGUGCUCGCAGUUGCCGCUGUCCGAGCGGCACGCUCGAUCUGGUUGCACUACUGGUCUAAUAAGCGAGGCAAAAGUCGACAUAACGAUCUUCAAUGGUAUUCUAUCGCCCCAACGCCAGUCCCGUACUCGGCGGGGAUCUUGUGGCCCAGCUUAACAGUGGCCAAGAAUCUUGGGCAGAGCAAACGACAAGUUCUUCCUCUAACUUCCGCCUUCCCAGUGCAAGUUCCAUCCCAGCAAGCUCGCAAUAAUUCCGUGUCCAUCGUAAUGAGCGUGGGCACGUUCAGGUACAUCCAGCACCAGAUGAAUUGCCUUCAUGGGCGCUCAGACGUUGUGGAGGCCAACGUGGCAUUUAUGAACGUUGUGCUCAUGAGUGACCCGCUGGUCUAUCUGCGAACCGUGUAUGGAAAAGAUCACCGGGCCAAGUUAGCGUACUACCAGUCGACCUUGCGGCCACAACAGAUUCUACUGCUACCUGUGGAGGUUGUUGGCACCCACAACGAGUACUCACUUGGUCUCAAACUACUUCGAUGGGUUAAUCCCGGUGAUCUUUCUUGGGCAGAGCUCGUACAAUGCGGCUAG